UGACCUAAUUAGUUACCUAAAAUUUUCCCAUUCGGUUUUUUUUUUUUUAUUAAAUCCCUAAUCGCCAUACACGCACGCGGCACGGCUCUAAGCCUACACCGGCACCUGCAGCGGCAGUAGCGCUCGCCCUGCAACCUAGCAACGUCAGGCAGUCCUCCCGGCGACACCAGCACACCGCUCACGGCUUCAGGCAGUCCACGGCAGACGGUCGACGGCACUGGUAAUUUCUGUUCCUUCUCAACUUAUGGAUGGGUGUACGAUUUUGGAGUUUAUAGCACUAAGGAGCGAUAGAAAUGGAGGACGAGACUAGUAGUGGCAUUGGUUCUACUUCUAAGGAUGGGAUGCCGGUGGAGGAAUGUCAAAACAUGAUUCAAAAGAGUCUCCAAACUCCAACGGUGAAGUUCUUGAUGGAACAUCUGAAGAAAGGCGGUUGUGAGAUCAGCAACAAUUUCAUAAAGGCCGACCAUUGUGAUGGCAAGAUUAGCGGCGGUUAUGUCCAGGGGAAAGGAAUAGUAAUAUGUAGCAACCACUUGACCAUGCAAGACGAGGUAAGCCAGGUCAUCAAACACGAGCUUAUUCAUGCAUACGACGAAUGCCAGACCGCAAACCUGAACUGGGCCGAUUGUGCUCACCACGCGUGUAGUGAGAUUAGAGCUAACCAUCUCAGUGGCGACUGCCAUUUCAAACGGGAGUUGCUGCGAGGAUACCUGAAGAUGCGUGGCCACGAGCAAGAUUGUGUGAAGCGAAGAGCGAUGAAGUCCGUGAAAAGUAACCCUUACUGUUCAGAAGCUGCUGCUAAGGAUGCCAUUGAAGCAGUCUGGGAUAUUUGUUACAAUGAUACUCGGCCCUUUGAUCGAGCUCCGUGAAGAUAUGAUAAUCGCGGUUAGCUUCUUAGAGAGAUACAAAAUUUUUGGUAAUAUUGCUCCACUUUUGACUUGAAGCAUUGCAAUUGAGAAUAGAAAUUGUAUUCUUUUUGUGAUAAUCUUGUGGUUUUGUGUACACAUUAGAUCUUACAUUUGGGUCAGUUUAUGAUAUGAGAUAUGAUAUGGUAGACAUAAUUUGAUAUUUU